AUUGCAUGUGUUAUUUUUACCACCGCAAAGUGUCCUCGACACACUCACACAUUCGCCGCGUGUCCUGCAGCGUAUCCGGAUCCCACAGCACGCCGUUCGCCCUUCACCCCGUUCGCCCAUGCAGCCAUAGCUUCAUUAUUAUUAUUUCUAUAUAGUAUUGCCCCUUUGAAUGGCUGCCCCAAGUGCAUUUGCCAUUAAAAUGCAAUGCAUUAUCUAGAUGCAUGGCAACUCGUGAAAAGCCACGCCAAACUAAUGUCGUUUUUAAAUGUCAGACUUGUCGCUGCUUCGCUAAUUUUUAAAAAUGAUUGUUCAAGCCGAACUUUCGAUUCAAUUAGAUGAAAUCCGCUAAAUACAGCAAACGCCCCAGUCGAAGAAGUUGUAAAAUGGGGCAUAAUCGACAUUUGAUAGCUGGCAAAAUACAAACAAAAUGCAGUCCAAAUCUAAUAAUAUGAAUAGUUUUUGAAACGACUUGUUAUCGCCCUUCCUGUCAUUCAAGAAAAUUCCCUAAGCACUUAUCAUGGUUUGAAAUAGGGGCAAAACUGGCUUUAUUUAACACAGAACCCAUAUCUGCAAACCCACACUAUUUGGAACUUGCUACAUAUGAGUGCCCUUAUCUCAGAACUCGGAAUUCUAACAUUCAAAAAUUAUAUUAAUUUUAUACUGAUGGCUUGAAAAGUAUGUAGCAGGAAGGAUAAAGUAUAUUUAUUCUUGAUUGGGACCCAUCUGUUAAGUUAUUAAAUCUAAAAUCAAGAGUUUUCAAGUUAAAAAAAAGAGAGAAAAAUUAUAAGAAAUAACAUUGUAAAAUUAAAAAUAAUUCCUUAGCUGCAAUCAUUUGCCUAGUGCCGAACUACACCUGGUCUUCCAGUGCUGGGCAUGAAUAUCGCAUAAUUAUAUUUAGACAGCUAUGAAAACGUGUCAUGGAUUAACACAACAAAAUAUCUGAUCAAUGUGUUUGCCACAUGAGAAAAUGCAAAAAAGUGAAAACUAAUGAUCGUAGUCGUUCCGAGUCGUGAUCGAUGAAAUAAUCGCGGCACUGGCGAAGGCGAAUCACAGAUCCAUCAUGUGGCAUCAUCAGCUCUAUUUCCCCAUUUCGGGCUCCCAGACCCCGCAAAGAUCCCCCGAGACCACCCCCAACCAGAUACCCAUUAACCCACCACCAUACCCAAACCUAUUUCUGUGCUUGGGCAACAGUCGCAUUCGCGAUUCCGUCGUCAUAGUGCUCGGACCGCUGGCGAAAGAUUAGCAGAUUGGCAGAACGAUGUACUUGGCGCUUAGCAGACGUUGCAUUUCCAUUAAUUGAAUUCGCAGGCCGCCACCCCUUUUCGCACCCCCCAAAAUGCGCCCAUCCAAGUUGCGAAAACGACAAUAAUACGCCAAUGAAUCUAAAAUCACUGCAAUAAUCAUAAAAAAGACGAGAGCCUAAAUGACAUGGCAGAGAAACGCCUAUUGCUGGAUCCAUCCAACUCAGAGUCGGAGGAGCCGGAAGUACACAUGACCCGACGGGCAGGAGGAGUGCUCCAUGCCAUCCAGCACCGACCACUUCCGGUGAGCAGGAAAUCGGUGCUCGGACUGCUGGUCUCCUUCACGUUCUGCUACUUUCUGAUCGGCAGGACCGGUUGGGUGAAUGUCCUCGAUCUGGAUGUCCUGCGCUCGGAUAACUACGUCACGGUGCAGCAUCAAUCGACGGUGAUGGAUGUUGAACGUGAGCCCAUUACUGAGACCAUUCCAUCUGUUCCGAAAGGCUUCCUUGUGUACAGCAACUCCUGCCGCAUCAUGGAGGUGGAUCCCUACAAGAACGAGGUGAUGCGGCACUUCAAGCGCAUCAAAUACAAGUCCUGCCAGAAGUUGCCGCCCCUGACGCAGGUGAAAUUCGAGGCGAAGUCCCAAAAGUACCUGCUCAGCAUCGAUGGAGCUGCCUUCGGUCGCUACGCGGUGGGCAAGCAGCUCCACUGCUGCUACAUGGCGGUGCAGCGGGUGGACGAGAUGAAGGUCAAGUACACCAAGUGUCAAACCUUCAAGGGGAGCAUGCUGCUGCCCGAUUCCGCCGAGAGCAUCAUCGUUAAGUGCGAUUCAGGUGGCCGUCAGAUCUAUAUCAAUGGCCAUGCGAUGGUUCCCGUCAAGGAGGUAGUGCAGCAACGAUUACGAAUGGCGUCCGAGGCCGACGCCAAGGGCUAUCAGAGACCGCCGAGCGUCUUGAUGCUCGGCAUCGAUAGCAUCUCCCGUGUUAAUCUUAUCAGAGCCAUGCCCAAAACGGCUCAGUAUCUCUACGACAAUGGAUGGUUCGAACUGGCGGGCUAUAAUAAGGUGGACGACAAUACAUUUCCAAAUAUCAUGGCUGUGGUCACCGGCUACAAUCUGCCCAAUGCCAUGCACGCGUGCUCGCCAUUCGUGGUUGGUGGCCUGGACAAGUGCGACUACAUCUGGAAGCAGUACCAGCAGAGGGGCUACGUGACCGCCUACGCGGAGGAUGCCGUCAAGAUCAAUACUUUCAAUUACCUGAAGAAGGGCUUCAAGAAUCCGCCGGCGGACUACUACUUGAGGCCAUAUCUCUCCGCCGCCGAAUCGCAGCUGGAUCACACGACGGUCAAUGGUCUGGUGCACUGCCUCGGCUAUCUGACGGCGGCGGAGCAUGUGUACGACUAUGGGCUGGAGUUCACCAGGAGGUUCCUUAACGAGACGUACUUUGGGUUUUUCUGGACCAACACGCACAGCCACAGUGACAUUUCGCAGACCAGCAGCAUGGACAGCUAUAUGGAGGAGUAUCUGCGGAAGCUGGUGCGCCAGGGCACCAUGGAGAACACGGUGGUGGUGUUCUUCAGCGAUCAUGGCAUGCGGUUCGGACCGACGAGGGCCACCUGGUCGGGUCACUUGGAGGAACGCCUGCCGGCCAUCUUUAUUUGGUUACCCCAACACCUGCGUCGCUCACAUCCAGAAUUUGUGCGUAGCCUCCAGCUGAACAGGAAUCGCCUGACCACGCCCUACGACCUCCACCUGACCAUGAAGCACAUACUGGCCAUGUCUGGGCGCGCCGAAAUGGAGUCGUUGGGUCCGGCACCCGAUUGCCCGCAAUGCCAGAGUUUACUGACCCCCGUUUCGCCGCUAAGGAGUUGCUCCGACGUGGGCAUCGCGGAUCACUGGUGCACCUGCUGGGAAUACGACACCAUCUCGAGCACCUCGAAGGAGUCGCGGAUGCUCGGCAAGCGUGUGGUCAGCUAUCUCAACAACUAUGUGGCCGAGUUCCGAAACGGCACCUUCGCCAAGCUUUGUGCCCCUCUCUCCCUGCACAGCAUCAAAUCCGCGUUCCGGGCGCAUCACAACGCCCUCGAUCCGGACGAGGUGCACACCUAUCGACUGAUCUUCGUCACGUCGCCCAAUAAGGGCCAGUAUGAAGCCACGGUGCGACACAAUCACACGGAUGACUCCGUAAAGGUGACCGGAUCGGUGAGCCGAUUGAAUGUCUAUAGCGGAGAGGCGGAUUGCAUGAAUGAUUUCGCUGCCAAAAAAUAUUGUUAUUGCCGAAAGAAGAAGGGAUAGAUAUAUCAGGAUUAUAACUAAGGCUAGUGCCCAAGUGCCGUUACUCAGAUUACGAUCUAAAAGUACAAUUAACUUAAUACUAUACAAUAGAAAUUCUUCCUCUCUCUAUGCCCAAAAGUAUCUGGAUUAGCCCAGUAAAAAGUAUACUCAAAAUUUAGCUCCCUACGCUUCAAAGACUUUUGUGAAUACUUUACACAAUUAUAACUUCUUUAAUAUUCUUCGGGACUUUCAGACACCCUUGUAAAUGAUUUAAAUAUACUUUGUUUGUUGCCCUUGUAAAUAAUUUCUCCCUGCUCCAAGAGACUUUUGCCAAGAAAUAGUUUAGUCAACUUUACAUAUGAUUAGUCGUUACACUUAUAAUUUAAGGUAUUAGUUUAGUCUAUAGUGAUAUUGUAAAUUCAAAUAAAUUUAUGUAUGUAAAGUGUAA